AUGUUGGCUGGCACCAUUGGGCAAGGUCAGCAGGCAAAUGCUGGAAACCAGAAUCAGGAUGAAUUUCGUGCUUUGGGGAAGUUUCAGAGGAACAAUCCACCAACCUUUGAAGGAGCAUACAACCUUGACAAAGCACAGGCAUGGCUGAAAGCAAUUGAGAAGAUCUUUCGAGUCAUGAAUUGUACUGAUGCGCAGAAGGUGCAGUUUGGCACCCAUAUGCUUGAGAAAGAAGUUGAAGAUUGGUGGGACAGCACUGUUCAGAGGUUUGAAGGUGAUGGGAUGGAGAUUACUUUGGAUCUUUUUAAGGGUACAUUUCUGGUGAAGUACUAUCUAGAAGAUGUGCGUGGAAAGAAGGAAAUUGAGUUUCUUGAACUGAACCAGGGUAAUGGAACUGUGGCGGAGUAUGAUGCAAAGAGUAGGAUCUAUGAUGAGGAAAGCAGGGAGAGUGCUGAUCAAUACAAGUCUUUGAAAGAGAAGAAAGAAAAGGGGCAAUUCAGAGGAAAACCAUAUGGGAAUCCUGCUGAUAAGGGUAAACAAGAAGCUGGUAAUGACAAGAAGCCAAGAGGGGGAGGAGCUCCUAAUCCGGUUAGGUGCUACAAGUGUGGUGUUGAAGGACAUCGAUCUUCUGAGUGUCCCAAUUCGGAGGUGAAAUGUUUCAGUACCAAGUGUGACAAGCCGAAGAAGGAUCAGACGAGAGGAAAGGUGUUUGCUUUAUCUGGUGUUGAGACUACAGCUGAGGAUAGACUAAUUCGAGGUACGUGCUUUAUCAAUGGUACAUCUUUGGUUGCCAUUAUUGAUACGGGUGCGAUGCAUUCUUCAUUUCUUGGGAGCUUGAGAGUAAGAUGGAAGAAUCCUACCCCGAGUUAUUCGUUUAAGAAAAUUUUUGAGGGCGAAAAUUCUUAA